AUGGAGCUGGAGCUCGGGCUGGCGCCGCCGAGCGCGCGCCACCCCAUUCCCAUGACGAUCGACCAUGGCCACCACCUCGCCGCGGCCGACGAGCUGAGCAGCACCUCGUCGGACCACCACCACCCUUGUGCUGCGCGCGCCGGGAAGAGAGGGUUCGCGGAAGCGUUCCAGGAGGCAGCGGCGACGACGACGCUGCCGCUCUUCGAUGACGGCUCGUCGUGCGGCGGGAGGAAGAGGCCGCUGGUCGGGUGGCCACCGGUGAGCUCCGCGCGCAGCAGAGCGUGCGGCGGUGUCGGUGUCGGCGGCGCCAAGUACGUGAAGGUGAAGAAGGAAGGCGACGCCAUCGGCAGGAAGGUGGACCUGUCGCUCCACGCCUCCUACGACGAGCUCCUUGCCACGCUCGCCCGCAUGUUCCCGACUACCACCGGCGACCAAGACGACAAGGAAAUCAGCAGCUCCACCACCACCACCACCAGCCAUGUGGGCGUGGUGGUCACCUACGAGGAUGGAGAAGGGGACUGGAUGCUGGUCGGAGAUGUGCCAUGGGAUGAUUUUGCAAGGUCCGUCAAGCGGCUCAAGAUACUGGGAUGA